CGUAUUAGUGAAGAAGGAGCAGUCACCGGGUGCAGUGCUCUCCACUUCUCCGCUUACUCUCAGUCAAUGGAGUGGCGUGGAUUAGUAUUAUUAUCAUCACCAUCAUUAGCCUCAACAUCAACAUCAACAUCAACAUCAUCACUGAGUACAUUCUUUAGGUUGUAGGAACAGUUUGUGCGCUAGUUGCUGUUGUUGUUUUUAUUUUAUUUUAUUUAAAGAAGGCACUCUGAGGUCCUGUGGUGAAGCCUGAGUGGUGAAAAUGUCAGUAGUGGGAUUUGAUGUGGGUUUUCAGAGCUGUUACGUUGCUGUGGCCAGAGCCGGUGGAAUAGAGACCGUCGCUAACGAGUACAGCGACAGAUGCACCCCGGCCUUCGUAUCUUUCGGACCUCGAAAUCGGGCAGUAGGCGCCGCCGCGAAGAGCCAGGUGGUCACGAACUGCAAGAAUACCAUCCAAGGCUUUAAGCGGUUCCAUGGCAGGGCGUUCACUGACCCGUAUGUCCAGGCAGCAAAGUCCAGCCUGGUGUACGACCUCGCUCAGAUGCCCACAGGCACCACCGGCAUCAAGGUCAUGUACAUGGAGGAAGAGAAGGUGUUCAGUAUUGAGCAGGUCACCGCUAUGCUUCUGACCAAGCUGAAGGAGACGGCCGAGGCUGCGCUGAAGAAGCCAGUGGCAGACUGCGUCAUUUCUGUUCCCAGCUUCUUCACUGAUGCAGAGAGAAGAUCGGUUAUUGACGCCGCGCAGAUCGCCGGCCUCAACUGCCUGCGACUCAUGAGCGAGACGACUGCAGUUGCCCUGGCGUAUGGCAUUUACAAGCAGGAUCUGCCCGCCCCUGAGGAGAAACCCAGGACCGUCGUGUUUGUGGACGCCGGACAUGCUGGCUAUCAGGUUUCUGCCUGCGCCUUUAACAAGGGGAAGUUAAAGGUCCUGGCGUCCGCGUUUGACAGCGAGCUCGGUGGUAAAGACUUCGAUGAGAUACUCGUUCAGUAUUUCUGCAAAGAGUUCGCCAAGAAGUACAAACUGGACGUGCGGUCGAAGCCUCGCGCUCUGGUGCGCCUCUACCAGGAGUGUGAGAAGCUGAAAAAGCUCAUGAGCGCCAACUCCUCCGACCUGCCGCUCAACAUCGAAUGCUUCAUGGAUGACAUCGACGUUAGCAGCAAACUCAACAGAGGCGAUUUUGAGGAGAUGUGUGCGGCGCUGCUGGCUAAAGUGGAGGGACCCCUGCGCAGCGUGCUCGAACAAGCCAAGCUAAAGAAAGAGGAUGUUUACGCAGUGGAAAUUGUAGGUGGGGCCUCUCGGAUCCCUGCCAUCAAAGAGCGAGUCAGCAAAUUCUUCGGGAAGGAGCUGAGCACGACGCUAAAUGCGGACGAGGCCGUGGCCAGAGGCUGCGCACUGCAGUGCGCAAUCCUGUCUCCUGCCUUCAAAGUGCGAGAGUUUUCCAUCACAGACGUGGUUCCGUAUCCCAUCUCCCUGAAAUGGAAUUCAGCAGCCGAGGAAGGCUUAAGUGAUUGUGAAGUUUUCCCGAAAAACCAUCCUGCACCUUUCUCUAAAGUGUUAACCUUCUACCGCAAGGAGCCUUUCUCCCUGGAGGCCUACUACAACAACCCGAAGGAGCUGCCGUAUCCCGACCCGACCAUCGGUCAGUUCACUAUCCAGAAGGUGUCGCCUCAGGCAUCAGGCGAGUGCUCUAAGGUGAAGGUGAAGGUGCGUGUGAACGUGCAUGGCGUGUUCAGCGUGUCCAGUGCCUCCCUGGUGGAAGUGCUGAAGGUUACAGAGGGAGAAGAGCCCAUGGAGACGGACAACGCUGCCAAAGAGGAAGAGAACAAGAUGCAAGUGGACCAAGAGGAGCAGAAAAGCCAGGGCGACGGGCCGAAAGAGAGCGUAGAUAAGAAAUCUGACACUGAGGACAUGGAGACUGAGGAAAACAAGCAGGAAAAGAAGAACGAUCAGCCUCCACAAGCCAAGAAACCCAAAGUGAAGACAAAGACCGUAGACCUGCCGAUUGAGAACAGCCUGCACUGGCAGCUUCCUAACGAGCUGCUCAAUCUGUUUGUGGAGAAUGAGGGGAAGAUGAUCAUGCAGGACAAGCUGGAGAAGGAGAGGAACGACGCUAAGAACGGGGUUGAGGAGUACGUGUAUGAGAUGAGGGACAAACUGCAUGGUGCACUGGAGAAGUUCGUCAGUGAAGAAGAUCGAGAUGCUUUUAGUCUAAAACUUGAAGACACAGAAAACUGGCUGUACGAAGAAGGAGAAGAUCAACAGAAGCAGGUGUACAUUGAUAAACUGGCAGAGCUGAAGAAACUGGGACAGCCGAUCCAGGAACGCGCGAUAGAGGCGGAGGAGAGACCAAAAGCCUUCGAGGAGCUCGGGAAGCAAAUCCAGAAGUACAUGAAGAUUUUAGAAGCGUACAAAGCAAAGGACGAGCAGUAUGAGCACCUGGACGAGUUGGAGGUGAUGAAGGUGGAAAAGCAGGUGAACGAGGCCAUGAACUGGAUGAACAGCAAAAUGAAUGAACAGAGCAAGCAGAGUCUGACACUAGAGCCUGUUAUUAAAGCCGGCGAGAUUCAAGCCAAAACCAAGGAGCUGUCCUCCACCUGCAACCCCAUCAUCUCAAAACCCAAACCCAAAGUCGAGCCACCAAAGGAGGAUAAGACGCCUGAGCAGAACGGCCCGGUUAACGGACAGGAAGGUUCAGAGAACCGGUCCAACAGCCCAAACAAAGACCAACCGGCGCCAGAAUCCACAGAGGCCAAGCUUCCGGAAAUGGACAUCGACUAACACUUCAUCCACUCCAUCGUUCUCUCAGCUCGCCUCCAGGUCGUGACUGAAACAAGCUAGCUACCGUUAGUUUCGUUAUCAGAAGGCACUGCGAAGCUUUCCUGAACUCGUCGUGUGUGGAUUCCUUUUCUCUUUUCUCUUUUUUUUUUUUUUUUUUUGCUGUAUAAAUAAGGUUGCACAUGUGUUGGUCUUUUUCACAUUAAAGAAAGCUGAGCUUGAAGAUGGGGACUUGGGUUCUGUGUCACUUUGAAACAUUCACGCUCGUGAUUGGACAGUUAGCUUUACGGAGUUACGUACAGGUGAGGAUGAUGUCGUAUGUUAGAGAAAAACUGCACACGUUUUAACUUGAUGGGAAUUUUUUUUUUUUUUUUUUUUGAGAAACCUUUGCUUUUAGUUUCGCAUCGUUUCUUAACGUUUGUCAUGUCACUUGACUUCGUGCACUUCUACGAAUCAAAAUGAAGUAUGAAAACACUGAAAAGGAAUAAAAUUUAAAAUAAGAUCAGUGUUGUUGAUAGGCCGCUGGAUCUGUUCUCGUUAUGCCGUAUUUCAUCGUUUCACUGAAGCAUCACUUCGUGGCUGAGGUUCCUGUGUGUCGUUGCUUUCUUGAUUUCCCCAGAACGUUUCGUUUUUGUUUUUGUUUUUGUUUUAUUCCCCACUGCCAGUACGCAUAGUAGAGACCAACCAGGUGUUUUUUUUUUCCAGUCACGAUAAUAAAAAUAAAUAAAUCAUUCAUUUUUGGUGCACUGAUACGGAAACUGUUUGAAAUGUAGUUCAUUUGGAGGUAAAGUCCUUCUGCGAACCCUGUACUAGGUGCUACGAUUCCAUCGUCUCUUCAUGUUCUUUCAGAGGAAAAGCAAAAAGGUUGUAUAUAAUGUUUUGGUUUGCAGAAUAUUUAUGCUUUCCGUUUUGCUGAGGUGAAAUAAAGGACUUGUAAGGA